AUGAUACGUCUUCUUGUGGUUCUUCUGAGCCUUGUCACGUUGUCAGUAUGUGGGAGGUCGAGUAUGGUUGACGACGACACUUUCUUCGGAAUAACGACAACUGAUAAGCCUUCCUACACCUAUUGGGACUAUGCGGAAUGUGUACAACUAUGCCAAGUACCUUGCAAACGAACUGUCGUUCAUUUCAAAGAAGAACAGUUGAUUGAUAUGUAUAAUUGUGCACAACUCAAAGUUAUUAAGACAUCCUUCAUCGACAACCUGAAAGGUGGAACUUUCAAAAAUGGCAUCCUCAUUGUCGUCGCCAUUACCGUUUCUGUUAUGAUCAUAAUUGCGUGCGGAUAUUACUGCUGCUGUAACAAAAAAGAAGACGAUGACCGGUUUCCAGGAAGGGACGAAUUCCGAGAGCUCGGACCGCAUGAUGAGAGAAAAGCAUUGAACAAGGGAUCAUCCGUUAUUGAGGUCUAA